CAAUAAAAUUUGUACUCAUAAUAGUCAGCUUCUAUUGAAAGCUAAUGGCUGCCGAACUCUAUUCACGAAACAGCUGAUGUGCAUCGUUUGGGGUUUUUACUUACAUUUAGUGACCUUAUCGAGUAAACUCAAUAAUAAUUAUUAGAUGAAACGUUACUUGAUUCAUUACAUUGUGUGGAAUUCAGGAUGUCACUGACCAUACAACAAAUUAUUUUGGACGCUAAAAGACUAGCUGGCCGUCUCAAAGAACGUGAGACAGAAGCCGAUACUCUGUUGACUGAAACUCAAACAGCCUACAGACAAAUCUAUACAAUAAAACAGUACAAAGAAGAAGUGGAUACCCUUAAUGAGUCAUCUCGGGAGAGACCAAGGGGGGAACUUGUAGCAAGUAUGGAGAGAGAAUCUCGAUUGAUGAGGGAUGUUCAGAGAGAGAAUGGAGAGUUGAGAGCUGCUUUAGAAGAUCACAGAAAAGCUCUAGAACUUAUCAUGUCCAAGUAUCGACAGCAUACUGAAAAAAGAAUAUGGGAGUCGAGGAUAGACUUUACAGCAGCAAUAAAUGAAAAACAACAGGAAUUGAUUCGUCAACAGGCGGAGAGAAUUAAUGAGAUGACAAGCAUCAUGUACAAGGCAGUAAAUAUGGAUGAAAAUGGCGAGUCCAGAAGAGAAGAAGAAUUAUACCAAAGGCUGAUUACUGAAAACAAGGGCCUUCGGGAAAUGUUGAACUUGUCGAGGCGGUAUGGAUCAGAUAAGUCAUACGGACCACCCAUGGAGGACAAGGAUGUUCAGACCGACGGGCCUCCACUCUCAGGGGCGUGACGCCCAGCAGUGGAUCUCUGCCGCCUCUGAGCAUUGGCCUCAGGCCACCAACUCCCUCACCCACACAUACCAUAACUCAUCUCCCUACACAUGUGAACUGUUCUCACAGACUGCUAUCCGUGUACAUGUGUUACUUCUUAAUACCUGGUGUGCGGACAGGGUGUACAAUCACUGAUGACGGUCAUCGUUCCAGUAUACAACUUAUACUUUAAAGUUACAUGCAGAUUUUGGAUUCUAGGUCUUUUGACAGCCUGUAUCUUUCAUAUUUCUUAUAUAAAAAUGUAACUAAAUUACAAUGAAUAAAUAUGUAUUCAAAAUAUAAAUUUAUUGUCAUAUAUUACUAUUCCUUCAUUGGUUGUAUUGAUGUUGAAUAUUAUAGACAAAUACCUAUAGUAAUUGUAAUGCAAAGUAGACUUACAGUAUUUCUUAUGAUGUUAUUGAAGAGUGCAAAUUCAGUAUGUGUAUUAAUUCCUUUCAUCAAGUUAUAUAAAUAGGAUUAGCGCAAAUAUUCAUAUUAUCCAACUAUUACUUUUUGUUUUGUAUAUCUUUGUUUUAAGUGUUUGUAUUAUAGUCCAGGAGCUAGUGAUUAAUUUCUACCAUCAAUGUUCAAUCAGAAAUUUAGCGACCCAUAAUUGGUAAAUGAAUCCCUGGCUCCAUGGUCGUAUUGUCCUUAACACAAGUUUAAUUAUUAAAGCUGUUUUGCUGCGAGUUAUGGCAUGGACCAAAUUGUUAAAGAUAAAAGCACAUAAUUAAAAAUAAAAUGUUAUUAUUUUAUUAGUGUCGAACAAUAUACUCAUAGAUUGAUUAAAACAUGUUCAUAGAAUAUUUCCCUCAUCUAUGUACAAUUAUUAAAAACUCCAUAAGUAUUAUGUUAAUUUUUUUGAUGUUUUGUACUUUUAAAUAUUUAAAUUUUACACAACUUCUAAUUAUGUGAUAACGUUAAUAAAUAAUUGCAUAAACGACUAUUUUGAAAAUUUAUUGUCAUUAACUU